UGGAUAUAUAUUGUCUCUGAGCUGGUAUGGGACAGAGCAUGUCCUGUCCUGUCCUGCAAGUGUGACCCCUCCCUCAGUUGUCUGUAAGAACAAUGCCAUGGAAAUGACUGUUGUUGGUGAUGGGACAGCAGAUAAACUGUCAGUUGCAUUAAAUGGAGAAUGGGCACCUCUGCUUUAUGUGGCCACUGAAUGCUGGCACAGAGAGCCAUCUAACCAGGGAGAGCUCACUUUCUCGGUUCCAUAUACGAGCUGCGGUGUCAACUUCAGGGGUGGUCGCUUCAUUCUGGAUUUGAGAUCAAAAGACAAAAUGAUCUCACUGUCCUGUCCACUUAAGCUAAUACCAAUGUUUCCAGUCAAGGACUCUGAGCUUUCUGAGACAACCCAGCCACUGCCACAAAAGCAACCCAGUGUAUACCACAAGCCACCAACUGUAUUUUCUAUGAAAGCUAUUGACAGCCAGAUUGUAAAGCAGGAGCAAGCAUUUCCUGUGGAGCAACAGGAAAGAAGUGCAACUAGAACACCCUCUUUACACCCCAGAGGUCAUUGGCUGCCUAAAUUGCCAUCUUUGCCUGGCUCUUUUAAUCUGGCUGUAAACUUCCCAUUUUCAAUUCCCAUACCAACACGGACGGUGCCUCUCAGAGACAAUUUGACAAGUAAACCUGUGGCACCGACUCCUGCACCAACUCCAGCACCGACUCCCGCACCAACCCCGGCACCGACACCUGCCCCUGUCUCUACCUCUACCCAACAGCCCCAUCUUGUCUCUCAUGAGCAGAUGGAAGAGGAACUUGCUGCUCCAGUCACAAAGGCUCCUAAAUCCCAACAUCACUACAUGCAGUAUCCUUACAAGUUCCAAAAACCUGCUUCACCUCCUCAAUUUGAGCCUUAUUCUGCUCAGAAAUAUCAAAUUUCAAGGGUGCCUGUCCAUAGUACUUCACUGUAUCAGCCUUUUGGGUCGGCUCAGAACUACAACGUUCCUAGACUUAAUCCGCUUCAUGUAAAUCCUUCUCUUGCCAGUUUAGCACAGUAUCUUCCACCUGGGUAUUUCAUAUGCUCUUACAAUCAACAACCAGAGACGUUUCAGCCUCCUGUUCUGAAUCCUGCUCAGACUUUACAGUCUCAAAAACCCAGUUAUCAAAGGCCUGACAUUACUCCGCUCGUACCUGCUAAUCCUGUUGUGCCUCCCAUGAAAGGUUACUCACAACAGCAACUGACAAGUGCUGUAGCUUCGAGCUCCUAUGAUUCUGGUAGUCAACUUUUCCAGCCAACUCAACAUUUCCAACCUUCUCAACACCACCCAUACUUUUACCAAAGUAGUUAUGGCCAUCAGGGUUCUACCACAACUCGCUUAUCCCCUAGUUCUCCGCUUAUUCCCACAAAUCUGCAAUCUCAAACAAGGCGUUAUCUCUCUUACCCUGCUUUUCAAGAUGCAAGACCCUUCCAUCCAGAAUAUUACCAAAAGCCUAGUCAACCUAGUGGGUCAGUCCAACAGCCUUGGUCAACCAGUAACCUUCCUGUAAAAGGGCUGUCUCAAGAGUCAAAACCAUUGGUGCUAGCUUCAAGCCGUACACCUGAGUAUCUCAAGUAUCAGACUGGUGGAGAUCAAUCUUUAGAUCUCUAUACCUCUGGCAUAGGAAUCUCAAGUCAUUCACAAUACCAGCCCAGUCAGUUUUCCACAUUCCCACGUCCACCAUUGAGACCAGAGGUAAUUUCAGCUGAUGUUUCCACGGAAAAUACUGGAUCUAGUCCUAAGGGAUUUUUCCAGCCACGAUCCAUAGCUCCAGUUCCCAGUCCACAGGCCCCAACAUUUACAGGCAGUCAUCCGAUUAUAUCCUUUCCACCACCCAUGCCUCGUUUUUUUCCUGUAAAGGAAGGUGCACAAGUUGCACAACUUCCUUACAGUCAGGGCCCUUCAGUAAGGGGCAUGCGGAAUCCCCAUGUCCACCCUGAAAGGCCAAGUGAACCCAGCAGUCAGAACCCUCAGAAUGACACCCUGCCACCAUACCAAUUCUACAGACCAGAUGUUUUUGUGUCCCCACAAUUCAGGUCUACCUCCCAGGAAGAAGUGCAACUGCCAAGAAAGGCAUCACACUCUGAAUCCUAUUUCUACAGUCCUUCAGUUGAAGCUCACAAUUAAAAUGUGGACUGGAUUGGUGUACAAUGAUGUUUUUGAAAAGAUGGUUUUAAUAAACUGUCUUUUGAGAGGUUUUGUUUAACUGAUUUCAAGCUUUUGAGAAAAAGAAUUAGCAUGGUGGUGUGAAAGUGAUUAGAUUUAACCUGUGUAUUCUACUGAUAAUGUAAUAAAUAUUUUGUAAACUGUA